AUGACGCCUGUGUUGGACGCGGCCGAGCUGGGCCGACUCGUCUUGUUCUUGCUGCCCCGGCGCACGGAGCUGUUGGGCCUGGGCCUGAAGCGUGCCGAUCGAGCUCAUGGCUGGCACGGAGGUCUCAUCACGAAAGACCAGUGCUGUGUGCUGAAGGUGCGGAUUGGGGCGGCCUAUGGAAGCUCGCUCACCUGGAUAGCAUGCAGCGGCCUGCUAUCGGAGCUGGAGGUCACGCGGGAGGGCAAGGCGGGCGAGACGGCGGACCAGGCCUUGGAUAGGCUGAUCGUGGAGGACCUCAGGGUCAUCAUCCGGGAGAAGGGCAACGGCCCGGACCUGGAGAUCAAGGAUGGCAAGAUGAUGGAGGACGUCGUCCAGAAGGAGUUGCUGGUGCUGCUGGAGGGUGGCAGUGGGGUUGGGAUAAUCGCGGAGGUUCAGAGGAGGGCCAUCGCGGCUGGGAUGCCUGUUGCUGAAGGUCAGGGAGGUUUCGUGGGAUCGCCGCAGCGACCUGAGCCAGGGUCUCAAGGGAGGUCUCAACAAGCAGUGGAUGUGGAGGGCCUCAGGAAGAAGAGCUACGCGGCGAGCGUGAGCAUCAAGGAGAGCCGGGUGACUCGGCAGAUCCUGGAGACCAUGCUGCUGAGGUCGUCAUGGCCGCUGGAUUGGAACGUGGAGGAGUACCGGGAAGCUUUGGGAGAAAGAUAUUGGAAGUGCAGGAGGCAUUACGGAGAGGAGCUGAAACGGAUUUCUCUGCAUGAGGAAGGAGGUGCAGCGCAGGCCAUUGUCAUGGACUACCUCUCCAAAGAGCUGUCGCAGGCGGAGGAAGAGCUUGAAUUCCUUAGGGAUCAGGAGGUGGAGGGCAUCAAUCGGUUGUGCUCCGUGCAGGCGGCUGGUCCGGGGGAGAUUGAGAAGGUGCUGCAGACGUACACGGAAGCCGGCUAUGGAAGAGGACUGAGCUACGAGAGGUGCGUCGGAGGUCGGGGCGUAGAUGGGGCGUUGCCUUUUGCCCAUGCCAUGAACCGCAUCGAGCUCUACGCGGAUGUGUCUUACGCACCUGGAGGAGGUCGGAGUCACCAAGGGGUGAUGGCGUGCUAUGGGGGGUCAUUGGUGCAGUGGCUUUCUGUGAGGCAGGCGUUCACCACACUGAGUACGGCGGAAGCCGAGUUGGUCGGCUACUUGGAGGCCAUGACGAUGGGCCAGUCGGUAGCGGUGGUGUUGGGCAUCCUGGAGAAUGGGGCUUGGGACGACCUUCUUGUCGAUGUGGCCCAGCAGCAGGACUUGGUCUAUAGUGACCUAGUUCAACAUGGAGAGAGACUCUACGAAGGGGAGGUUCAGGACGUGGAUGCUCCUUUGGAAGAGGAACAUGAGAAGAAGCAGCUACUGGCGGAAAAUCAUGAAGGAGCGGGUGUUCAUCGCGGCGAUGAUCGAAAAAGGGCUCAAGCCGGUCAAGACUCUAGUAUGGGCGGAGGCGGGGACUUCGUGGUGUACGGAGACAACUCGAGCGCUAUUACGAUUAUCGGGAGUGCUGACGACGGACCAUGGCGUACCCGUCAUCUUCGCCUACGUGCCGAAGUGCUUCGAGAAAAGGUGAAAGGAGGACGAUGGGCCGUUCGGCAUCUACCGGGUACGCGACUGGUUGCGGACCAUCUCACGAAAGCCAUGACGGCCAAGGCUCAGUGGCCCAAGUUCUACGAGCUGGCCGGGAUGGUCAAGGUGGACGUGGAGAAGGUGGAGGCGUCAUCAACGGAAUGGCGGUCGAUCGAGAACGUGAACAAGCUGAAAUUGGCAGGACUGGGCCUGAUCAUGGGCAAGGUGGCAAGUUGGAGCCCGGAGAACUGCCAGGAAAAAGAGGCUAAGACCCUCUGCCUAGCAGCUCUAGGAGUAGGCAGGUUCGGCCCCGUCUACAAGCGCUGCGAGCUCCGGAAGUUUGUAUUCUGCCAUCUGGCGAACAACCACUGCGGCUACUCGACGGAGGAGCGAGAAGAUCACUGGGAGGUGGAAUUCCGGGAAGACGGUUUGGUGGUGGCUACGAGGGUGCACGAGGUGGAGAGGAUUCGAUCCUAUCAGCCCGAGCGUAGAGAUCUGCCGGCCGGCCUAUUUCUGGAGGACUUUGAGGACAGGAACACCAAGAGGACAUGGAGGUCCAGUGGAGUUGAGUCUGGAGAGAUCAUCGGGGGCUUCAUGAAGGGAGCAAUAGUCCUGAUGGUGUUCUUCGGCAUGAUCAACGGAGCGGGAGCUCAAGGCCAGGAUAUGUUGGAAGAGGAUUCGGUGCUGGUAUGGAUGAUGAUCGCCACGGCUCUUCUGGCGAUUGGAUUUUGGGAACUUCUGAGGACUAUCGGAGCCCAUGGCCGCUUGCAAGAUGUCUUGGUGCCGGUGGGGGCUCUCGAGGACCCUGCCCGGAGGAGGUACUUCAAGAACAUGGCGGAGCAGUCUUGGAGGAGGCACUACUUCCUGGAGGGGGACACCAUCCUGGAGAUCAGCAAGCACAAGGGCAAGACCUACUUUCAGAUCGCCUGCGAACACCCAGACUUCGUUCGCUGGGCGGUGAAAACCGCGAGGUCCCAAGAAGUGGACUCUCGAUUAGCCCAUUUCGUAGAGUGGGCCACGGGAUCACGUUAG